AUGAUACCAUCAUUUUGUUUAGUUAGAAGGUCACUUGGGCGGCUGCCGCUGCCGCUGGCAGCGGCAGAUGCUUCCACUGCAGCAGCAGCAGCAGCUGCUGCUGCUGCUGCAGCGGGAUGCUCAGCAGCAGCAGCAACAGCAGCAGCAGCAACAGCAGCAGCAGCAACAGCAGCAGCAGCAGCACCGCUGUCUGCUGCUGCUCGCGAAUACAGGCCUUACGCCCAGCUUCUCAGGCGUCGACACACUACAGCGGCAGAAGGGAGUGCAGCAGCCACACCAUCUGCUGCUGUUCCUGCUGCUGCUGCUGCUGUUGCUGGAGCAGCAGCAGCAACUGCUGCUGCUGCUGACCCUUCGAGUGAAGUUCGUGUGCGCGUGCCUCGUGGGCUGCGUAAAAAAUCUUCGGUUCUUUCACAGCCGCAGCAGCAGCAGCAGCAGCAGCCGCAGCAGCAACUACAGCAGCAGCAAGAACGGAAGCAGCAGCAACAGCAGCAGCUGCUGCUGCAGCAGGAGGCGCACGCUAAGCCAAAGACAAGCCGGGAAAUCAGCACGCAUGCAGCUGCUGCAGCCGGAACGCAGCAGCGACCGCGGCAGCAGCAGCAGCAGCAACAGCAGCGACAGAGCUCAGCACAGAUAGCGCAGCAGCAUAUCGACAUUCAGGUGCAGCAGCAAAUCGCUUGGCAGCUGCACUAUCGUGCAUGGCAGCAGCAGCAGCAACAACAGGAGCAGCAGCAACUGCAGCAGCGGCAGUGGCAGCAGCGGCAGUGGCAGCAGCAGCAGGUGUUGCUGCAGCAGCAACAACAGCUCAAGCAGCAGCAGCAGCAGCAGCAGCAGCAGCAGCUACAGCAGACUGGCUGGAGUCUUCCUUAUGAGCAGCUAGGGCCUGCAGUUCCGUGGGGCAGCUUGCCCCAGCAGCAACAGCAGCAGCAGCAGCAGCAGCAGUUGGCACUUCAGGGAGCUUCUUUUGGUCCGCUACCGUCGUUUGGCCCAGGUGGGUACCCGCAGCAGCAGCAGCAGCAGCAGAGGCGCAUUGCUGCAGCAGAACGCAAACUGCAGCUGCAGCGGCGGCAGCAGCAGCGGCAGGAGUACAGACAACUGCUUCAGCAGUUCAAGCAGCAGCCAAAAGAAUGGGCUGCUGCUGCUGCUGCUGCAGCAACUGCUGCUGCAACCAAAGCGUCUCGCCAGGUUACCUCUGCUGCUGCUGCUGCUGCAGGCAGCAGCAGCAGCAGCAGCAGCAAUUUAAAGGGAGCGCGCACUCGGGGUCAUGGACGCUCUGCCCUCAAUGCUCGCAGGAGCCUGCAGCAGCAGCAGAAGCAGCAGCUGCUGCUGCUGCAGCACGGGCGCAGCAGCAGAAGGCCAGCUAGGCGCCCUCUCCGCAGCCGCUGCGGCAGCAACACGGGCGGCGGAGGUCCCUCUCCAACAGCAGCAGCAGCAGCAGCAGCAGCAACGGGGAGAAGCAGCAGCAGCGGAUUGUUUGAACCGUUUUGGUCGCAGCAAACAGCAGAAAAAGCUGCUGCUGCUGGCCUAGCAGUAAGAGGGGUGGUGCAUGUGCCUGCAACAAAGACAGCCAAGGCGCUGCUGCUGGUGCACCCGGCGGAGGCAGCAGCAGCAGCAGCAACUGCUGCUGCUCCCUCCCGGGUGUACGUACACCCCGUGACUCGUGAGCGCAUGCAGGCAUUCGAAAUUGGCGGCUUCUCUCCGAGAAAUAGAGCCAUGCAUGGAGACAAAGUUAUUGCUGCUUUUGCUUCGAGAGCCCUCACUGAGGAGGCCUGCUGCAGGCUGCUGCAGCAGCUCCAGCAGCAGCAGCAGCAGCAGCCGUGCGAGGUCAGCCAACAGCAGGGGCAGAAUGGCUGUGUCGGUGCUUCAGAGGCUGAAAGGGCGGGCGCUACUUCUGCUGCUGCUGCGGAGCUUGGUCCAGCAGCAGCAGCAACAGCAGCAGCAGCAGCACCAACAACAGCAGCACAGACAGAACUACCUGAAAGUGGAGCAGCAGCAGCAGCAGGGGAAGCAGCAGCAGCAGCGGGCCCGGCAGCAACGUCGGCUGAUAGCUGCCUAGCGGCGGCCAUCAGUGGAAGGCGCCGGCAGAGCUCCCGCAGCAACACCUGCAGCAGCCAGCAGCAGCAGCAGCAGCAGCAGCAGCAGCAACAGCAGCAGCAGCAGCAGCAGCAAGGGGCCGCGGAGGCCCCUUUGCUGCAGCAGCCCACAUGCCGCGUUGUGUUCAUUGAACAGAUAGGAGAGGAAACGCGAGAAAUACUCACUAUAGUGCAGCCGCACCAGCACAUUGCAGCAAUCCGCCGCUUCUUGAAGCAGCAGCAGCAGCAGCAGCAGCAGCAGCAGCAGCAGCAGGCAGAAGCAUCAGCCCCCACGGGAGACUGGCCCACUGUGAAGGCGCAGCCAAG